GUAAUAGUAUAUUCAAUCCUCGAGAUCAGCUGAAAAUAAUCUUUUUUAAGAUAAUAAUAUUGCUCGAUUUCAAUAUUAUUAAUGGCGGUAACCAAGGAAUUUUUUUAAACAAGCAAAAGAUGACAAUUCUUUUUUAUUUUAUAACUUUUCUUCUCAAUGUGUUAUUCUUGUCAUUUAAGUCUGUUAAUGGAAGAGGUGAUCUGUUUUGCAAAUUUGGAAACAAUGUCCUAAUGAGAUGUGCCGAAAUUAAAUGCCCCAAAGGAAAAGAACCCAUAGCUUGCACGGCGACAAAUACAGGCAACGACUGUCAAGCUUGUCCAACUGGCACUUUCGCUGAUACUGAAACAUUUAGAAAGAGAAGAGAAGAUGUAUUUGGAAAUUGCGAAAUGAAAACUUGUCAAACAAUGCGUUCUUGUACUGGAGAUGAUAUAGAAGUCUUACAAUAUGGAAAUGCAACAGAAAAUACAAAAUGUAAAUGUACCAAAGCAAAUCAUAAAUUUAACGAAGAGAGUGAAGAAUGUUAUCACAAUGAUGAGAAUAGUAAAGACAGUAAAAAAAGUUUAAUAGUUAUUGUGGCAGUUUGCACAUCUAUUGCGGUUUUUAUUAUACUGAUAGUACUUGGACUUUAUGGUUAUUAUCGGGUAAAAAGAAGAGAUAACAACAGAAGAGACGAUGGAUGCUUCUCUUGGUACAAAAGUAGGAUAAGUCAAUGUAUUCCACGGCGAAAUGAUCGUUCAAAUAUUAAUGAUGGUAAUAGAGCUAAUAAUCAACAACAGCCUCUAGACGAUGAAGAACACGGUGUUGUUAUACCGACAAGAGGUUAA